AUGAGAAAUAAAAAUUACUAAUCUUUUGAACCAUUUAAGACUUAUUAAUCUAUUAAAUUGAGUACUUUAAUCUAAGACAUUCAUUAAGCUGGUAGAAAUUUGUAUACUUCAUCUGAACAUACAUCCAAUUUUGAUUCUUCAUUACCUUGUUUGAAGAAAGGAGAAUAAAGAAAGUUUGUUAAUCGCAUCUAUUAGAGUUAUUAGAUGGAAAAAAAGGCUGUUCAGCAAGGACUUUUGACCCCUUAGCAUCUUAAUAAAUAUUUAUAACCAAGAAAAAGUAACUUAUAUUUAGAACUUAUUUAGAACAUUUUGAUUUGAAAAAACAAAUAAACUUCUUAAAAAAAACUAAGUUUUAAACCUGUAUUUAAAAACUUAGAGCUGCUAAUAUAAUACUAAAUGGAUAAAAAAGUUAAUAAGGAAAAAAUGAGAUAAUCCAAGAGACUCUUGAGAGUAAAAAGGGUUAAUAACAUGAUAUUGAAUUCAUUUAGAAGAUGAAUGAAUGUUAAUUGCAAUAAAGAAUGGGAAAAUUGCUUAAAUUGAAGUCUUCUCCAUUUUUAUUCAGUAAUCAAAUUACAGAAGGUUGA